AUGUACUUCACAAUAUUUGAAUCACUGAGUGAUCCCCACAAACGACGGGGGCCCAUCUUUGCCAUCUUGUGGUUGGUCUGGCUCUUCGUGGGAACCAUUUUCUUUGCCCUGGCUCCUGGGUCCGACUUGGGAUGGGUCAAGGGUUUCUACAUGGCAAUCAAUGUUGGAUAUUCCAUUGGAUUUGGAUACCCUGCAGAAUCGGAAGAAUAUCCCAAUUACCUCUACUUUUCCAGUUUCUAUGUCUUGGUGGGGUCCAGUUUUGUGGCAGUCGCCUUGGGUUUCUUUGCGGACAAGAUUAGUGAAGAUCAUGAUAAUUGGUUCACCAACUUGAUCCAGCAAAGAGAAUACGAGGAGGCAUUCAGUGGGAGUGGAAACUUUGCCAGUAAGGCCAGUGCCAUCUUUGAUUUCUAUGCUCCCACAUUACGGGCUGUGGCAGUUUGGCUGAUUGCCUUGGGGAUCAUGAUAUCCUACAGCAUGCUGGAAUUUGGAUGGUCCUACAAUCAGGCACAAUAUUUUGCCAUUGGGACACUCAGUACAGGAGGGUUGUAUCGGAUUCCGGAUGACAGUGCCACUUGGAUGUUUGCUGUCACAGCUGUCUUUGCUUGUCUCGGAGUUCCGAUAAUGGCCGUGGCGAUGGCUGAAGUUGCCAGAGGGCUCAUGGACAAGGGGGAUUUGGAAGCCACCAAAGCGUCUGUCAAUGAACCCGUCACAGCAGAAGAAUUGAUCAUGCUACAAAAGUUUGGAUUGGAGAACGGCGAUGGGGAGAUUGAUCGAGCAGAAUUCAUCAUUUUGUGCAUGGUUCGAAUGGGAACUGACCCAAACCUGAUAGAAUUCAUAUCACAUCGAUUCCACCAACUAGAUGAGGAUGGAGGAGGAACACUUUCCAUAUUGGAAAUUACAGCUGGGAAAUAUGAAUUCAUUGAUGGGCAAAUAAAAGCUGUGAUACCAGAUGACAGACCCAAGAGCAAUAUUGUGUAG